AGGGGCUGAUCUUGCAUCAAUGCAGACCUGCAAUUGAGGGGGCGUAGAGCAUUUGAGCUAGCUCAGAGCAGCUAAGGAAAUGUCGUUUCUAUAUUCCAGCAUUCACAAUCAUAAUGAAGAUGUAGAGGAGGACGAAGAAAGAAGAGAAAUAGAUUCCCGACUGUACCUUUGGAAUUAUUCAAGAUUUAAGCAAACAUCUCAAAUCAAGUCCAUAUUACCAUUUAAAUCAGAUUCUGUGUGUCUCCUACCUCGAUCACCAUUAGAAGAAUGCGAAAGAAGUAGAGAAAUGGCCGUUAUAAAUUCAAAUGGUAAAUGUGUCAAAAAUUUAGUGUUGCAAGAGAGCUCCUUGCAAGCAGCUGUAUCACCUGCUUCAAUCGGUGCUUUAGCUGCAACAGAUGAAUACAUAUUCCUCACAGCUCCAUCAGUGACACAGUCUGGCAUACUCCAGUACAGAAAAGAGAAUGGAGAGUUUGUUAGAGUCUUUGCACAGGAUAUCAGCAACAUUACAGACAUCAAAGUCGGAGGAAAGAGAAAUGAAGUUGAUGAAGAUCUUAUCUAUGUAUGCACCUGCAGGCCAAGACAUGGCUCUGUAUUAGUAUACGACACUAGUGGAGUUUACGUGAAAACAUUAAUUACAAAAAUUUACCCAAUAUCUAUCUCUUUUGAUAAAGAAGGAUACAUACAGUUAACAAGAAACAGGAGAAAAUCCAGAGGAGGAGAAGGAGGAGGUAUAAUUGAAGUUUAUAAUAAGCAUGGUAGCAAGAUUGCUGCAUAUGGUAAUGAAUGCAUUGGAAACCCAUUGAAAAUUGCAUGUGACCCUCAUGACAACUUCACGAUUGUACUUGACUCCUUUUCACUAGCUAUAUUUUGGAACAGGAAAUAUCUAUACUCACUCGAUGCAAGUGAAAACGGCAUUAGUGAUUUCUGCAUUACGAAUGAUGGACAUGUAUGGAUUUCUGUCAAUAAUACGCAAGAAUUGCUGAGAAUCAAUUCCGACUAUAUUCUUUGUACACCUCCAGCUCCACUCUCUCUCCUAUGUCAGUCGGCAAUACUCGUUCAUCUGGUUGAACUCCCUUUUCAUCUACUACCUCGUAAGUAUACAAGAGAACUUGACAAGUGGUCUGAAAAAAUAACACUGCACAAUGAGGGAGGGAGGUACGUAAAGGUCGAAGGGCAGGAGAAAUUUGAAAGUACUUCAAAAGAUGUGAUGGUGAGAGCUAGAAGAGGUGCCAGUCACAGCACAUUGAGAUUGCUUGCAGAAAAGAAAUUCAGUUAACGCCCACGCAUGCUAACGAGGUGACACCUAAUGAUGUUUUGAAAACUUUUGAUGUUCGUUUAACUACAAAAUUGAAUUAC